AUGCAGACCGUCGUGGUCGCGCUGCUGCUUGCUGGAAUGUGUGGCGGGGGACAGGUGGGGAAGGAUCUUGAGGUGGUGGAGGAGUGGCCUUCUAGGCCGUGGAAUAAGCCUUUUGUGCUGCGCGCCCCAUCCAAGGCUGCCUCUGCCCGCCGGUUGCAUCUGGAUGCCUUGGUGAACCAGGCGGCUCACGCGCAGGUCCAGGUUGGCUCAGCACACACAAUCGUGCAGGCCGGAGGGCAGGGACCAGAGGCGAGGUCCUUACAUCAAUACAUCGAACAGAUGCAGAGUGCCGCCUGUCAAGGUGCAGGACAGGGUAGUCGGUCUCGUGCAUGCACCGAUUACCUUUUUGAUCGCGGGGACUUUUUUCGCAAGUUUCCCGAUCUGCUGGAUCAAGCUGCCAUGCCCAAUGUCUGGACUUUGGAGGAUUGGGAGGCGCAAGCACGAGCUGCCCAUGCUGGACCCCACCUUCUGGGAUCAACCUCUCAGCUAGCUCGCGUCAACACCUAUCUGCUCCUGGGCCCGCGCAACACUGGCGUUCACUUUCAUUUCCACACCGAUAGCUUGCUGAAGAUUCACGCUGGGCGCAAGCUGCCCAACACCUCUCAGUACGCCACGGUUGAUGCGUGGUGGCGCGACGUCGCACAGCCAAAGGACGUGCCUGGACUACUGAGCCAGCUCCUUCUACCAGGCGAUCUCGCCUUCAUCCCCGCUUGGUGGCGUCAUGCCACCCUCAAUCGCGGUUCCUACACGUUGGCCACGGCGUCGCAGCCUCAUUUGGCUCUCCAACAGCCGCUGGCGCUCAUGAACGCCAUCGGCCAGCUCCUGGCUGCUAAGGACCUACCCCUGGCCUUGGAGCUCUUAGAACAGCUUGCAGCUGUGCGCAAGGACAUACCGCUGGUGAACGAAUAUGACGCCGUGGCCUUGGUUGUGCAAGCCAAGGCUGCACUUCUGCACGCCGACCCAGCGCCUGGUAUUCCUGCCUGGGCUCGCGACAUGCAGCAGUGGCGCUACAGCUUUGGCACCGGUUUGAAUCUCUGGUGCAGGUGCGCGGUCGGUGGAGCUGCGAUGCAUUGGCCGUGGCCUGCGAACUGUAUCACGGGCUUGGCCAGGCCAACCACCGACGCCAGACUUGUGGGAUCGUGA